CAAUCAACACUGCGCUUUAAAGCUCCACAAGCGCAUUUCAUCAGUUUCCCACAAACCGGCGGGCUCUCUGGACCACGGGGCUUCCGGGGACACCGGCUCAGAGGCUCAGGCCGGUUGGCAGCCCGGCCUCGGUCACGGGUCCAUGUGGCCCCGGCGGGUGGCGGACGGUCGGACGGUCCAUCCUGCCGCCUGUUGUUCAGCCGCUCCGCCAAUGAGAGCCCGGCUUCCUCUCCGUCCCGGUCCAAUGAGAGCGGCGGGGUCUGGACUCGGAUCGGGAGUUGGGUUGUUCAAUCCGCGAGGAGGACAACAAGCAGCCGCGAGUGAACCGGAUGGAUGGAUGUUGGCGACGGUAACGUUAUUCUCUCUCCCCGCCAUCGCAUGUUAGAAAUGUACCAGCGGACCCGGGCAGGGCCCGGUGUCGGCGCGACGUUACACUUCAUCUGACCGGCUCUCCGCGGCGAAUGUCACCGGGGAGUUCCUGGACGAUUAGCGGCGCACUCCGCUAGCGAGCUAAGCUGCACGUCGGCAGUCAGCGUCGGCGACCGACAACAACCGUCAGGUUAACUUCGAUUGUCCUCAACAGACCCGUCGCUAGCCGCGCGGCUCGCGUUAGCCGCCGCCACAAGCUAACAACAUCACCCGUUGGCCGCUCGGUUCCAACAGAACCGUGUGUGUGUGACUCCAGCGCGUUAUCCGCCAAGAGGACGGGGGAAGCGGCUCGGUGGCGCCGAGCUGCCGGGGCCGGCGGUUAGCGGCGUUAGCUAACUUACCGCUCUGCCCCGGACCAACUAAGUUGUCGGGUGUUCCCCGGAGGGCGGCUCCGUGGCGGCUCUUUGUUCUGUGUGAACACGGGGCUGCUGGAGCAGCUCAGCGCGGCGACGAGAGCCCGUCGGUCCGAGCCACGCCGCGGACACACGGGCGGAGCAGGGACCGCAUCACAUCAGAGCGCGUCGGCGUCGGGUGCGUUGGUCCGCGGUUCACGCGCAGCGGCGACGAACCGCGACGCAGCUAACUAGAAACCAGUUGCACCGACCUAACUUUCCCGUUGGUGCUCGUGGUGACCGUGGUCAUGGCUGAUCAGGCUGAAUGUUGCAGUUGAGUUCCUUGCAGAUGUUGUGAUGUGUUGUCCUAAACCUGAUCAAGCAAGCUACAUGUACAAAUGAGUUGCUGCUUGGCUACAGGACGUGUGUCCUAUCACUGAGGCCACAUGUUUAUCUGGAGAGAUGGAUCGUUGUAAGCACGUGGGACGCCUGCGUCUGGGGCACGAUCACUCUAUCCUCAAUCCACAGAAAUGGCACUGUGUGGACUGCAGCACCACCGAUUCAGUGUGGGCCUGCCUCAAAUGCUCCCAUGUGGCCUGUGGACGUUUCAUGGAGGAGCACUCCCUCAAACACUUUCAGGAGUCCCACCACCCACUGGCCAUGGAGGUACGAGAGCUGGAUGUCUUCUGCUUUGCCUGCGGAGACUAUGUACUCAAUGAUAACGCAGAGGGAGACCUCAAACUCCUAAGGGGGGCACUAUCUACUGUUCGGAGCCCAGGUAGACGCUCACUACGUUCCUCCACUGGGGGGGAGUGCAUCACCUGGGUGGGGGGGAGUGGACCACAGCCUGCCAUGCAGCUGGCCCUGCGUCACAGGAGGAAAGCACUGCUGGGGAAGAUGUUUCAGACGUGGAUCAGCAAAAAUCAGGAGCUGCAGAGUGAACGCAAGGAGAAACUUGAGGAAGCGAGAAGACAAAAGAAAGAGGUAAAAAGGAGACUCAUGGAAGAGCUUGGCAAUGUACCUCCCAGAAAGAGUGCAAGGCUUCUUACUCAGGCGCCACGUUCAAUGAUCACACUCAUUCCUCGCAAAUUCCGCGACCCUCCAGAACGCCUACCUCCGCCCCCCAAGAAGCCCUCCAUUCUAACGCUGUCCCGCAAGGCUCCUCAGAAUGGCAGAGCUGCUAAACUGAGGAGAUACUACUCCACACACACGGUAACCCGCCGGAGACCCGCUCCAGGUGUUACUGGUCUUCGCAACUUGGGGAACACAUGCUACAUGAACUCAAUAUUGCAAGUGCUGAGCCACCUGCAGAAAUUCAGGGAGUGUUUUCUCACUUUGGACCUGUGCGAGACAGAGGAGCUGCUGGCCAAGACCAAUCGCUCCCAGGAGAUGAAGGGGGUCACAGGCGGUGUAGUCAGUGGUGGGAACACAGAACUGUCACGAUGCCCUCUAGGACGCAUGGGGAAGGCAGGUAGUUUAAAUUUGCCCGUGGGCAAAAAAGAAAGCACUCCGCCUUCCCCACAGGCUGCAGAGUUGGUCCAGCCCAAGGAGCCUCGCUGCUCCACCCGCCAGCAGAUGUCUCUGUGCCAUGAAUUGCAUACACUUUUCAGGGUCAUGUGGUCAGGCCGGUGGUCUUUGGUAUCACCUUUCGCCAUGCUGCACUCUGUGUGGAAUCUCAUCCCAGCUUUCCGCGGGUAUGACCAGCAGGACGCCCAGGAGUUCCUGUGUGAGCUCCUGGACAAGGUGCAGCAGGAACUGGACACAGAGGGGUCCAAACGUAGGAUAGUUAUCCCCAUCACAAAGAGGAAACUGUCCAAGCAAGUGCUAAAGGUCCUUAACACCAUCUUUCAUGGGCAGCUACUCAGCCAGGUGACCUGUCUGUCCUGUAAGCACAAGUCUAACACAGUUGAGCCAUUCUGGGAUUUGUCUUUGGAGUUUCCAGAGCGAUAUCACAGCGUAGACAAGGGCUCCGGCUCCACAGCUUACCAGCGCAGCUGCACCCUCACCGAGAUGCUGUCCAAGUUUACAGAGAUGGAGGCUCUUGAAGGCAGCAUCUACGCCUGCAACCACUGCAACAAAAGAAGGCGGAAAUCAUCUCACAAACCCUUAGUUCUGUCAGAGGCACGUAAGCAGCUUCUGAUCUACCGCUUACCUCAGGUUCUCCGGCUGCACCUCAAACGCUUCAGAUGGUCAGGACGGAACCACAGGGAGAAAAUCGGCGUUCACGUGGCCUUUGACCAGGUUCUGAACAUCAAACCGUACUGCUGCACGGGCUCAGGUCACUCUGUCCACAGAGGAGGCUACACCUACGAUCUGUCUGCUGUGGUCAUGCAUCAUGGUAAAGGCUUCGGCUCAGGGCACUACACCGCAUACUGCUACAACACAGAAGGAGGUUUUUGGGUCCACUGUAACGACUCUGAGAUGAAGGUUUGCAGUGUGGAGGAGGUGUGCAACACUCAGGCCUAUAUUCUCUUCUAUACCCAGAGGUCUGCCUAGGUACCUCUCGCUGUGAUGUCGACCUGCAUGCGACAACGCAAGGCCGCGUCUAUGAAAAUGUUCUGACGCUUUCCCAGAUGUCAUUAAACAAUCACCGUAAAAUGAUACACUAAAAAAAGAUGGAAAUGAGGGCAGUGGGACACAAUCAUGAGUUAAAGGGGCAGUAAGUGAUGUUAAUCCAAUACACUUUUUUUGUAAAAUUCAGUGAAUAUAUUCCUGCGGUCUGUUAGCUAUCAGUUCUGUGCGCAGAAAAUAUAUUUUUUUAAAUUGGCCGCGGUUUCGAGCCCUGAGCAGUGGGGUCAAAAAAUCAACAACAAACAAUCUUCAUCCAAAAUCGCUUACUGCCCCUUUAAGAGGUAAAUUGUUAGCAUUAUAAUCCAGAUGAUAAUUACAUUCUGUAAUUUUGGAAUUACAUUUGGUGGAUUUGCUAUAAAAUGGAAGGUUUUAGAUACAGUUUGGUUCUAAUUUUAAAAAGAAAAGUAAUCAAAAACCUUUUCAUAAAUGCGGCGACCGGUUUCUCCUACUGUGGGACCAGCAUAUUGGUUUAUGGCCUGAAGACUGUGGGAGCAGGUCCGACUCUGUCCUGCUGAAACACAAAGUUGUGUGUCCAUGUAUUAAAAAACAACAACAAUCAGGCUCAUGUUUGUCUGGAAACAACCAGUCGCUCUCCUGAAACAGCAUUUUACAUCGAAUGGCAAAACAGAUUCUGAAGUUUGGAGCAUUUUCUCACAAUAAUUUAGACGGUGUGUUACAGGAGCUACAUCUUUUGACACCAUUGCAUUGUUCCACUUGAAUGAAAGAGAAGACACUAAAGUCCCGACUCUGUGUAGCCUCUAGCUCAGCUUCUUAAAUUAUUGUGAAAUAUCAGCUAUGAAAACUUUUGAUACCCAUCAUGUCGUUUGUAUUUCACCACGUCCUCUCCUCAACUGUACUGCUGUGACUGGAUACUGUGUCUGAGGUCCGAGGCCUCGGUCGUGCGCUCUCAGAGAACAGGAAUCAGGUUGUUUUUUGGUUGUAGUUUAUUUUGUAGCCAUUCUCUGUGGCACUUCCACAGAAAAAAGAAAAAAGUAUAAGUCUUGGACACUUGAUUGAAGAUGAGUGAUGGAUACCUGCACUUUUGAGGCGGGGCUGUAGCUGUUGGUCCAAUCUUUGUGAUUGUUCAUCUUUUAGCUCCAGUAACUUCUCUAAACGGCAGCUCCCCCUGUGGUGUAACGGUGAGACCAGUCUGAGCCCGGGCUGGACACACUGCAACAGUUUUAUAACUGCGGGAGCUGGGAAACGAGUGAAAGGGCAGACGGCCAUUCUGAAGAAUGUGUUUCUCUGAGACGUGGGGUAUCCAUUUUGAGUUGAGCACCUGAAAGCAAUAUAUUGUACAUCUCGCAUCUUGAUAGGAAAUUAAAAUCAGGAAUUCUUCUGCUUGUUAUACAAUGUUUUUUUUUUUCUACUCUGCUGUUUCUAUCAAGGUCUUUAGAAUUUGCUAGGUAAUCAAGAGAAACUGUUGUUUGAUACGAGUCAAAUGCAAAUGACAUUUGUGAACUCUAUGUUAAAGUCGGAACAAUCUAAUGACGAUGAAUGUCUUACUUUUUAGCGGUCGGACGUGGCCAUGCCACUGGCUCUGAUCCCCCUGAGUUCUGUCUUGUACUGUAAGAAUACCUGUCAUAAAUGUAAUGGUCAUAUGGGUUUUGCCUGACAGUAAUUAUUAAAAAGACAAAACGAA